GUUCCAAACACACCGGCCACUGCACUCGGCAGCAAGCCAAGAUGCCCCCACCACCUCCCACACAGGGUUGGCCUCGAGGCCCUAUGAAUGAGCUUCAUUUGGCCGCGAUGGACGGCUCCGCUGAGCGCGCACUAGCCUUGCUGUCGAGCCGAGACCCGAUUGAUGUCAACCAAGGAGACUCGGCGGGCUGCACCCCGCUCAUGCUGGCCACCACAAACGGCCACCCGCGAGUUGUCAGGAUCCUGCUGAAUCAUGGGGCCAAUAUGUCCAUCAUGGAUGACGUCGGUAGCGACGCUCUUCAAAAGUCGGCUAUAGUAGGGCACUCGGCUGUGACCAAGAUGUUGGUGAAGGCGGGUGCCAACCUCGAGGCGGCUGAUGUCAACGGCGCCACACCGCUUCAUCUCGCUGCGACAUGCGGGAACUCGGAGGUAAUGAGAGUGCUGAUCGAGGCAGGCGCGGAGAUCGAGAGCCGCAGGACCAACGGGUCGACGCCCCUCUGCACCGCGGCUAGUUUCGGGCACACCAGCGCGGUGAUCCGGCUGAUUCACGCGAAUGCGGACCCGUUGUUGGGCAACGUGUUACCAUCAACAGGCGGAGUGUGUUUCCUCCCGUUGGACGUGGCAGCGAACUUCGGGCACUCGGCGGUGGUACGCGAGUUGCUCCAGCGGCUGGGAAUCGAGCGCUGCGGCGGUGAAAGCCGCGGUGUCGACGCGCUCUGCCUGGCAGUGACGGGGCGGCACGUGGGUAUCGUGGCCAUGCUGGCGCACGCCGGAGUGGUCGACCAGGGCAGUGCCCUAGCCGCCGCCGCCGCACAAGGAUACGAAGCAUCCGUGAAGUUCCUGCUGCGGCAGCACGAGGGGAAACACUCCGCGAGUCGAAGCGCUUAUGUAAACAAGCUCAAUCGAUUCGGCCUGACACCCUUGCUAGAAAACAUCACCUGCGGCCACUGUUCUGCGAGGAUUGUUCGGUUGCUCGUGGAUGCCGGCGCGGACACGACUGCCGCCUAUCGACUCACCGGCAAGAAAGGGCAGGCGAUGGCGGCAACCACGCACCUCACCGCCAUGGGGUGUCUCCUCCUUGAGAAAAAGGCCAAAGGGGAUACGGGAGAGGAGCCGCACAACCUACAGGCCACCUUCCGAUUGCUGUUGCAAGUAGAGGCCGCUCAUGCCAUCUCCUGGGUGUGGCCGACCGGUUCCCACUCCGUCGACCGCCCUCCGCGUCGUCAGAGAAGGGCAGAAGCACCAGUAAGGCUGACGUUACCGAUGACGAGGAGGGAUACCGGGACACGUCGCGCACUCUUGGGGGCCGUGUCAAGGUACUCGGAAAAGUCGAUGUACUCGCAGGGAGGAGGUGGAAAGCUGCAGAAGGACCCAUCUUGGAGUGUUAGGGCUGCCGCAGUGGCGCUAGUGCGGGGUAAUACCGGCCUCGCUUUCAUUCUGGGGGUGGAGUUCGUCUUCGUUCUGAUGUUCGGGGCAAUAGCAGCUGGUUGGCGUGGGACUGUGCAAGCUCUUUUCGCCAAGGAAUGGCUGGUGUUUCUUAGUGUGUUGGUCUGGGUGUGGUGA